UGUCGAAACACGAUUCGGUGCCACUUCGUUACCAGACCGUCAGCAUCCUAAGCCUGAUAUAUAAGCACUACACCGCCACUUCACCUUCUUUGCUUCCUCCUUCUCGCCUUUUCCAGAUCCCUCUCCCCCUCUCUGUAGAUCGAAGUUCCGUAUCAGUCUCCAAUGGCCGCUACUGCCACUCUGAGCGCCGCAGACGCCGACAAGCUCUCCAAGCUGCAGUCCGCUGUCGCUAGCUUGCCUCAAAUCAGUGACAACGAGAAAUCUGGAUUCAUUAGCCUCAUCGCUCGUUAUCUCAGUGGUGAAGCACAACACGUGGAGUGGAGUAAGAUCCAAACUCCUACUGAUGAGGUGGUGGUACCUUACGACAGUUUAGCACCAGCUCCUGAAGAUACUGCUGAAACUAAGAAGCUAUUGGACAAACUUGUUGUGUUAAAGCUUAAUGGAGGCUUGGGAACUACAAUGGGCUGUACUGGUCCUAAAUCUGUCAUCGAAGUUCGUAAUGGGUUGACUUUCUUGGACUUAAUUGUCAUCCAAAUUGAGAUCUUGAACUCCAAGUAUGGAUGCAACGUUCCUUUGGUACUAAUGAACUCAUUCAAUACUCAUGAUGAUACACAAAAGAUUGUGGAAAAAUAUACCAAAUCAAACAUUGAGAUCCAUACAUUUAAUCAGAGCCAGUACCCUCGGUUGGUUGUUGAUGACUUUAUGCCACUGCCAAGCAAGGGAAAUACUGGCAAGGAUGGAUGGUAUCCUCCAGGCCAUGGUGAUGUAUUCCCGUCACUGAAGAAUAGUGGCAAGCUUGACACAUUUUUGUCACAGGGAAAGGAAUAUGUUUUUAUUGCAAACUCAGAUAACUUGGGUGCUAUUGUUGAUUUGAAGAUCUUGAAUCAUUUGAUCCAAAAUAAGAAUGAAUACUGUAUGGAGGUGACACCCAAAACAUUGGCUGAUGUUAAAGGUGGCACUCUGAUUUCCUAUGAAGGAAGGGUUCAGCUUCUUGAAAUUGCACAAGUUCCUGAUGAACAUGUCAAUGAAUUCAAGUCAAUUGAGAAGUUCAAAAUUUUCAAUACCAACAACUUAUGGGUGAACUUGCAUGCUAUCAAAAGGCUUGCUGAAGCAGAUGCAUUGAAGAUGGAGAUCAUUCCAAACCCCAAAGAAGUGGAUGGGGUCAAAGUUCUUCAGCUGGAAACAGCAGCUGGUGCUGCAAUAAGGUUCUUCAAUAAUGCUAUUGGUAUUAAUGUCCCUCGAUCACGAUUCCUUCCAGUGAAAGCAACUUCAGAUUUGCUUCUUGUCCAGUCUGAUCUUUAUACCUUGAACGAUGGCUUUGUGAUCCGAAACCCGGCUAGGACAAAUCCUUCGAACCCUUCAAUUGAACUGGGGCCUGAAUUUAAAAAGGUUGCAAACUUCUUAAGUCGUUUCAAGUCUAUCCCUAGUAUCAUCGGGCUUGAUAGCUUAAAGGUCACUGGUGAUGCAUGGUUUGGAGCCGGCAUCACUCUCAAGGGCAAAGUGGUCGUCGCGGCAAAACCUGGAGUGAAGUUGGAAGUCCCUGAUGGAGCUGUUAUUGAGAACAAGGAGAUCCAUGGCCCAGAGGACAUUUGAAGCUGUUGCUUUUUGAAUGGAUUGCAAUACUGAGUUCAGUAGAAGGUUGAGGUGCUGUAUUCGCUCGUCUUGCAGUUAGUAAGAUCUCAGAUACUUAAAAUAAAUGGAGAAUUUUGUUUGCUGCCAAUGAAAUCUAGAGUGCGAUCCCCACUUUUGUCUUGAUUUUGUUGUUGCUUUUGCUUUUUAAUAUAAUUUUGGCCUUAAACUUGUUCUACAUCAAAGUUGAAAUGAGUAUGUUACUGCAACAGAACUUCUAAGUUCUAAUUAUUAUGCUUUCUAAAACAA